CGCCAGCCAACGUUGUCUGUCGUCGUCGUCCUCGUCCGUCCGCGGCUAUAGUCUUUGUCAAACGCAGUUGUUCAGCACAUUCGGCAUCUCGCUCUAGAUUUUGAACUACAUACAUUAUUUGCGAAUCUUGCUGUUGUUCAUCGCGAACAAUUCAGUUCAGUUCUGUCUGUCUGUGCUUUCGUAUCGCGCGUUGUGCGUUGGAUCGUCGCCGUUGUUGGUCGCCGCCGUGGUUCUUUGUGGAGGAGUGUCCGAGUUCGAGUUCGUUGAAUUUCCUGAAGUAACCCGUUCCGGCGAGAGUUAUUAAACUGGCUCAGCAGAACCCGCAGCGAGCUGGCUACCCCGGAGUCCCGAUCAGUUCCCGUGUCAUAGCCCAUGGCAUGUCCGCGUAUGUCCGCAAGCUGAUCGAACACACCUCAUCGAAUCACUUCAGCGAACCAGAGACGAGAAAGUGCUACAAGACCGCUGUGCUCUAGGGUGGGGAGUUUCCUUGCUUUACGUAACGCGCGUGUUUAAGAUUGGCGAGAGAAAAUUGAUUGGUAACGAAUUGGCCAAAUGAAUAUAGUUAUUUGCAUCUACCAAUACUGUAACAUCUAGCACGUUGAUUGGAUUCUCAUACACACCAAGGACCUACCGUAUUGGUCAACUCAGCUCAAUCUACCCGGCAAGCUUAGGUGAUUUGGUUCUGAUUUGAAACGGCUGUUUGUAAAUACGAGAAGCUUGUGGAGAUCUAUCACCAGGAAAGGAGAAUAAGCCUCAUUGAUAGUGGUGAUUUGUGCCCCCGUUCGACACAGCUCAAUACCCCAAGUUCCCAUCCGGUUCGGUCAGUUCGGUUCAGAGUCCGUACCGAAGAGGCAAGAGCACAACAAAACGCGCGCGUUCGAGUUUAACAACCUGUUUCACGGCCAUCCCGAGUUAUUAGUGCUGCUGGCUGCUCUACUGUUGCUCUAUGUCUUGCUGCUGUCUGUCAUCAAGCGGAACGUGAUAGUGUGGUAGUUUCGCGCCAGCGUACAAAGUGCAACUGCAGUUGGACAAGUGCAUUUUCGCGUUCCGUCGACGUGGGUGCAUCCGUUCGGUCGGUUUUUGUUUUGGUUCCAUUUUGGCGAAAUUCAGACACUUUUCGUUCGGGAUAUUGAAGAAAUUUCCGGGUAGUGAUUAAUAGAUAACCGGGAGACUUGCAUCAGUCAAUUAAUCGCGCGCGUGAACCAGUAAUUACACGGUUUGGGAAAAUCGCAACAACUUCGCUGAAAUCUAGUUCAGUCAGCGUUCUCAGUAAUUUGUGGAAUCGUCCCUUACUGUGCCUGCAGUGAAAACAAAGCUCGAAGUGAAUUUUCUCGUCAAUUACCACACAAAAAUCAAUAAAUCACAUCCCCAACGUUGUGCAUCCAAACCGAGUCAAGGUAACAAGUGAAACCUCAUCAUACCCACCCCGCAUUGUAUCAGCUGCGAGUGACGAAUAGGACACGGAAACGACACGCAACAACAGCGGAAGAAGAUGGCCCCCAUUGCGACAACCAACGAUCCCAAGCUGGCCCAAGCCGGCGAGGAUGCCCUCAAUGGACGAUCGGAUGCCAGCUACUACAGUAACCAUAAAAAUGGCAUAAGUGAAGGAUCUCGAUCAGUACCGGUGGCGGCAGCUAAACCAAAUUCUGGCUUGAAGCCAUGCCCACUGCGGGCUCCCUUGGUGGUGACGACCGUGGGCCUGCCCUGCCGAGGAAAAUCCCUCGCAUCACACAAGGUAGCCCGGCAUCUGAGCUGGCGCGGCGAAAGCGCUAAAGUUUUCAAUGUAGAAAGCAACGCCACUGCCGACACACUUCAUGAAAUCUCAGCGUUCUUCAAAGAGGGUAACAAUGUUGCGAUUAUCGAUGGUAUGCACCUGACGCGGUCAUCGCGCCAACUGUUGAUCAAUUUUUGCGCGGAGCAACUUUUCCACCACCUGUUGAUUGAGUUCAGCUGCAAUGACCAAUGCCUCCGGGAGAACAUUGACGACACGGUGAAAUUCUACCACCAACUGGACCAGAACAUUGACUGGGAGCGACGGAUCAAGGAGAACAAUGAGAGACUUACGCCUCGCUUUGAACCGUGCUCACCGCUCGAGGGACCAAUGAUUACGGUUAACAAUUCGGAGGAUCCGAUGUUCCACUCGGUGACGGCCCGCGGAGUACGGGGUUCUAUUCAAACCAACAUAUUGGGAGUGCUGGCCAGUCCGGUUAUACGGCAGCAGACGUUCUACUUCAGUCGGCACGGCGAAUCAGAAUUCAAUGUUUUGGGACGGAUUGGUGGUGAUGCAGAUCUCUCGCCUCGGGGUAUGAAAUAUGCAGAACGAUUGGCACGACAACUAGGUGGGCCUGGAUCUGCUCCCGACUGCCCCAAGCCAAAGCUUAUCUGGACCUCCGAGUUAAGGCGGACGAUUCGCACCGUGCAGAACAUUCCCGGUCCGCGGGCUGCCAUCAAAGAUCUGAACGAAAUCAACGCCGGCAUUUGCGAGGGCCUCACCUACGAGGAGAUCCAGGAACGCUUCCCGCAGGAGUUCGCUUGGCGCGAUCAGGACAAGUUCAAGUACCGGUACCCGCACGGGGAGUCCUAUCUGGACCUGUUGCAACGUGUUGACAGUGUGGUGCAGGCGCUGCUGGCCAACACGGACGUGUUGGUCGUAUCGCAUCAGGCCGUGCUACGCUGCAUCAUGGCGUACUUCAAGGGUACCAAACCAGACGACGUCCCAUACAUCAACGUGCCACUUCACACGCUGCUGAUUGUACGUUCCUACGGGUAUGAUUUCAAAGUGGAAACAGUUCCUCUCAAGGUGGAAUGCGUGGAUACGUAUCGUAUACAACCGAAGAACUGCUCGACUAGUCGCACAACGGCAGAUGCCCUGACCACGGUUCCGGCCCAUUUCGAUACACCUCUAUCGCAGCAAAUGCCCACCACGAUCAGCUAAACUGUGCUGAUAUCUCUCCCAACCCCCAACCCCAUAACACAACCGGCAACGACGACAGUGCACCGAAUGCAGAACUCACAGCCAAGUCAGACAGAACGGAACUAGAAACGUGACAAGCAGACAACCAAGUUACAUAACAAACCACAAAUCACUAUUAUGUAUUGUAGGAAUGCGAUCCAUUGCGAGCUAUUAUACAAAUAUUGCUCUUACACUUUGUUGACCCGCAAACACAAUUGAAUAAUAAAAUGAUGAGUACCAACCGAAAUUAUUAACUAUCGCAAAGUAUAAAUCAAAAUUCCCGUUCUUCCAAAAAAAAUGUUAAAAUUAACCUUCGUACAAAUGGAUUGAGUUGAGAGCACGGUUGGUAAGUAGACAGCAAGCAUUCACUUUUGGUUGGGCAACCUAGAGGAACAGGCACCAGCAAUGCAUCGUUAUAUGAUAUUACUUACCACACAAUGGAAUGUUAAACCAGAUAGACUAUAAAUGCAAGAAAAACAGUAAGGAUAGACAAAGAAAAGUGAUUUUGAAAAGAAUGAAACCAGGUUGAGAUGGAAAGAUGCAUUUUAAUAUACAAACACAAACGCUAAAUCUUUGAAUACAAGUUGAUUUUUUGUAAUAUGAUUUAAAGUUUUGAUUUCAAACAAAAAGAAGAGACAAACUUUUAGGCACACGCGCAUACACAACAAGAAUUGUAGAAUAGCGAGCAUUAAGAGUAUAUUCAACGUCUAUUUUAAGCUGUAACCGUUGAUUUUUUUUUAUAUCCUUAGUGAAUUGUCCUAAGUAAAUUACAAAAAAAAAGAAACUAAAGUAGUUGUAUAAAAAUAAAGCAAAAACUACACAAAUUA